AUGGCGGAUAUCGACCCAGACUACGUGGUGGUAGACAACGUCAACGUAGGGGAACCGGCAGAAACUGUCGCCGAGAUCAAGGACUGGCUGUGUCCAACGGACUCGGAUUCCCCCGCGAGCGAAUACCAAAAACACAUCCAUUCUUACGUCCCCGGCACGGGAGAAUGGAUCCUGGAGACGGAUCAGUACCGCCGCUGGCUGAAGGACGACGACCAGGGCGCCUUGUGGAUUCGAGGCAUCCCAGGAAGUGGAAAGUCCGUGGUCGCCGCUCGUUUUAUCCAGAGACUCCAGGCCCAGGGAGAGUGUCCAGUGUUGUUCUUCUUUUUCCGCGAGAUCAUCAUGUCCAAUCGGACCCCUCGAUCCUUGUGUCAAGACUUUGCCUGCGGCCUACUGCCUCAUAGCCCACAGCUGCAGACAAGUCUCAAGGCGUUGAAGGAAAGACACCACUCCGUGGACGCAGCUCCAUUUGAAGAGUUGUGGAAAUGUCUCUCUUCAGCCUUGACAACGACGAGCCGGGUCUUCUGCGUGGUGGAUGCACUCGACGAAAUGGAACCCAGCCACGAGGACUUCAUCCGAUCGCUGAUCGAUCUCGCCAAUCGCCAACCCGCUUCCAUCAAGCUCGUUUUGACCAGCCGUCAGCUACUCUAUCUUGAGGAGCGUUUCCGGGGCACGUCCGGGCUGAUCGAUCUGAGACUGGACCGUCGACACGUCGAUCAAGAUAUCGAGAGAUAUAUCGAGCAUCGACUGAGCACGCACCAGCCUCCCAUUAAGCCGGAGGAAGCAGCCUCCAUCAAGACGUCAAUAUGCGAGAAAGGGCGAGGCCUGUUCCUAUAUGCACGGCUGAUGAUGGACGAGCUAUUGUCACACCCCGAAGACAUCACGUCGCAGCUUGGCCAGCUCCCCGACGGUCUGGGAGACAUGUACACUGACAUUCUCCGCGAGCAUGCUGAGCGUUCUGGCACGACCCUCUCGUUCCAACGACUGGUACUACAGUGGAUCACACACUCUGCCCGGCCACUGCGUUUGCUGGAACUAGCAACCGCGAUUGAUUCCCUACCAGACCGUGGAGGUCUGCGGGUAGACCAGGAUGCAAAGGUCGCCGUCCGCACAGCAUGUGGCCCGCUCCUGGAGCUCUGCGAGGAUGGUGUAAUCCAGAUCAUACACCAUUCCCUGACGGAGUUCUUCCGGGAUCCGAAUAUCAGCCACGUUCGACGGACAGAAGGAACGUCCGGCGACACGCCUGUGCUGGAUUCCACCAAAGCACAUGCUCAUAUUGCCCGCACCUGCAUUAGUUAUCUCCUCAGCGGCGAUUUCGACGUGAACCUGCCGUCCGGUGCCUUGGGGCAACAGUACAACAUUAAGCUCAAGGAAAGAAUGCAGCAAUUCCCACUCCUGCAGUACUCGGCACUGUACUGGCCCGUGCAUGCCGCCGAGGCGGACAGCUCUGAUGAAGAGCUACUGGCGAUCAUCGACAGUCUUCUCCGUCACAAUCCUGUGAAGUUUGAUACAUGGAAGGACUAUUAUAGGGCAAGCCGUGGUGGUCUCAUUGCGUCAUCUUCGGCCUUACAUGUGGCUGCGUUCGCCGGUCUCAGAAGAUACGUGGAGCGCAUCGUGUCCGACAUGGAUGUGGACAUCACCGACGAAUGGGAUAAGACGCCUUUGGCAUAUGCGGCCAAAGCCGGCCAUGCGGAUAUCGCCACCCUCCUAUUGCAGCAUGGUGCUCACCAUGGUGCCGUCGAUAAAAACGGCAUGGCGCCAGUGCAUCAUGCCGCUAAUGAGAACCGUCCGCGUGCGAUGCGUGCUCUCCUUGAAGGCGGCGCGGACCCGAUGCUGCCGAAAUCAAAAGACGACAGCUACUAUGGGCCUAUUGGCCGUACCGCCCUAUUCUACGCAUGUCGCUAUGGGCAUUUGGAAGUGCUUGAGGAGCUCCAGCGAAAGUUGAAUGUGGAGCAUCUUCGAAACGGCCCCCUCCACUGGGCCGCGGCUGCUGGCAAGUCCAAAAUCCUGAGCGCAUUACUCCAGGAUCCGGAGGUGCGUCUCUCCAUCAACGACAGAGACGCCGAUGGGAAUACGCCGCUGUAUCUGGCUGCCUACGCCCGUGAGCCUGAUACGGUCGAGGUGCUCUUGGAGCAUGGCGCGGACCCCAACGCAGUAUCCGAAGACAAAAGAAAUCCUGCGAUGUUUUCGAAGCGUUCGAGGUUGAGGAAGUUGAAGGCAGCGACACGCGGAAGGAGUGCGCCUUCCCGCCCAUUCUACUCGCCUCUACAUGGGUGGGCUCAUUUGUCUGAAGUGCACGCCCCUCAUGGCUCCAUCCACAACAUGCACCGUGUAGCUGAUCUGCUAGCGAGGGCUGGGGCCGAUGUCAAUGACCGAAACCAUGAGGGACAAACGGCACUUUUUGCUAUCGAACACCUACCCCGCGAAGAAGAGGAGUUCGGUCGGGCAAUGGUGUCUGUGCUGCUUGCACAUGGUGCUGAUGCCACCGUCACAGACUUUGACGGCAACACGCCCCUCCAUGUCCUUAAAGUCAUCCCGGUCGACUUGGAAUUGGUAAGGCUGUUAGUUCAUGCCGGCGUGGACAUCAAUGCUGCUCGAAAGACAGAUGGGAAGACGUUUAUAAUGGAACGUGAUGAUUUAUUCGCAUAUAUGGACUUGGAGCCCUUCCAUGAGUUGAACGUUGACUUCGAUCGCCAAGAUGCAGACGGGAACACCGCAGCUCAUCUCGCUGCCGCUUCGAUCGCUCGCCUCCGUGUGGAACGCUGGGUUGAUAUGGCGAACCCCGAGAUCCAGAAUCAGGCCGGCGAAACGGCGUUGCAUAGGCUGGUCAAACGCGGACAACACGAGCCGUCGGUCAUACAGAGGAUGCUUGAUAAGGGGUUCUCUCUUGAAUCACGAGAUUACCGCGGUCAUACCAUCCUGUUGGCAUUCCUCGCUAAGCCCUGGGCUCGAAGCAUUUACGAUACCGUAAAGGUACUGUUGGACUUGGGAGCCAACGCGCAGGCUACAGACUAUGAGGGAAAAUCAGCCCUACACCUCGUCGCCGAAACCGAAGUAUCAUACGUUAACUCAGGCGCGGUAGACGUUGAGAACAAGCUGAAAGUAAUGAGAUUGCUGAUAGCCGCUGGAGUUAAUGUUAAUUCCGUCGACCAUAGUGGAAACACCAUUCUUCAUGCUAGCAUUGCAUGGAAGGAGGAAUGGUACUGUGCCCAGUCCUCUGCAUGGGCUGCUCUCGAGCUAGGUGUGGAGCCUGGGAGACAGAACCACCGAGGAAGGACGAUUUUGCACAUGGCCGCAACGAUAGACAUGCAUAGAAAGACCCGUCAAAGCGAGAAGAGAGGUGCAAGCUCUUUGAUGACGUUUGUCCUGGAUCCACAGAGAGGACUUGAUGUAAAUGCUCCAGACUACGAAGGGAUCACGCCGUUGCACCUGGCCGCAAGCAAGGCGGAAAGAAACUCGUGGAUGCUGAUCCAAGCGGGAGCAAACAUACAGUCCAGAACUCACAGAGGGGAGACGCCUCUUCACUUUGCCGCGAGGGCCGGACAAGCUAACAUCGUGGGCCUUAUGCUUGACCUGUAUCAGAAACAGUCCUUGGAAGUGGACUCCCCGAGCUUGUCUGGACGUACAGCACUUCAUGAAGCUGCUCGGUCAGGCCGGCCAGAGUCCGUAAAGCUCUUGCUAGAUGCCGGAGCUGAUCCUCACAAGUUCGAUCGCGAUGGUCGAGCACCCCUACAUGCCGCCGCCGAGUUUGUGGAAAUGAAUCGUUCACUUGACAAACCCGGCAGGUGCAAAUGUGGUUCUGAUUGCUCUAAACCGAAUUGCCGACGAGACGUGUUUGGAGCAGACAGAAAUGCUCUCCAUUUCAUGGGGUUGGUUAUCCAGGAUGAGGACGGCGCACGGAACAUACGUGAGGUUGUGCGGCUGCUACUUGGCGCUGGGGCUGAUCCAGCGCAUCUCGAUAAUUCCGAAUUCAUGGCAAUCGAUGUGGCCUUGAUGUUGGGUGCAUCUGCAGUUGUUGAUGAACUGAGAGCAGCUAUGGGUGUUGCAUACCGUGACCCUACGCAUGAAGGGAGUCUAUUACCAAUUGACUCGCUCGGGGAAUCGCUGUGCUCUCUUAUCAGCCAGAACAUAUCAGCGGUUGUUGAAGCGGCCCAAGUUCCGGAAGACAGCCACGUAUUUCUCGAAAGAGCCAUGUCCACAAAGAAUGAGCUUCUCGUAGAGGAACUUGUCAGGUCUAAAGGUCUCCGUCUAAUGCGCGAAAACGGCAUCACCCCUCUUCGUCUAGCUGCACGUUGGGGGCUGACAUCCAUGAUGAGGAGGUUGAUACCAUAUGCAGGGGAUCUCGAGCCUUGCUACGCUUCACUGAUAGCAGAAGCUGCAAAGCGUGCCCUUCCGAACCUCGACAUGAUCAAGCUACUGACCCAGUACAGAGGAAGCCAAGAAAGCUUUCGGUCUAGUGUUGACGAACCCAUGCGCAUCUUUGCCAAGGGCGAGCACUGGUGGCACCCGGCUGCUCUAACUUAUCUUCUCGAUUGUGGAGCGGAUCCCAAUACCAAGGGAGCCAAAGGAGAGACUCCAUUGCAUUGUGCGCUGAGUGCUGGAGAGUCGGAGCACUCGCUUGGAGAACUAUGGCCUGAACAGACAUUGAAAGUACUCCUUGCCUAUAAGGCGGAUAUCAAUGUAGUCUCAUCUGCUGGCCUCGCGCCUAUUGGCGCAGCUAUUAAGAGCAAGAAAAGUCCCGCAGUAUUAAAGAUGGUGCUGGAUCACGGCGCAGACCUGUCUCUUGGAAAGGAGCCGGUUAUAUGCUCCGCGAUCGACGGUUCCAACAUCCCUGCAACGGAAAUCCUUCUGCAGGCAGGAGUUGACCCCAAUACGAGGCUAGAGACACCGGCAGAAAAGAUGCCAUCAAAGGAGUUUGGCGUGCAAACAAUCUUGGAACGUGCAGCCUGCCCAGGGUGGGAGAAUAUUGUACCAGCGCGAGAGAAGAUCAUGUCUUUGCUGCUUGAACAUGGCGCUGAUCCCUAUCUUCCUCUGGAAAAUGGCAGAUCCACGCCGUUCCAUGAGAUCAGCGGGAGAAAUGGGAUUGUGAACCCGAUCAACCAAGCGGGCUACGACAUGGAGCAACGCGAUAUUAACGGCAGGACACCCCUGAUAAAAGCAUGCAAGUUGGCCAGCGACCGAAGGCAACGAAGCCUGGACGAGGAGCAUACUGCGAUCGACCUAGUAGCCGGCGGAGCGGACGUGCAUGCCAAAGACAACGACGGACUCACCCCACUGCACUACGCAGCAUACUGCAAGCUGGGCCGCACUGUCCAGACUCUCCUAGAGCAUUCAGCAUCCGUGACUGCCAAAGACAACCGCGGGCGGACACCGUUGUACUACGCAUUUAUUCCAAGGGAAGACAGACGGGAGUAUCCAUUGGGAGACAUCAAGGUGGACAUGAUCAAUGAUCUCCUAGACGCAGGUGCAGAUCCGCUGGAGCGAGGGCCAUGUGGCAGGACGGCUCUUCAUUUGAUUGCUCCCUCUCUUAUGCAAUACAGCUAUACCGGCCGUCGCCCAGAAGAGGGCAAAAUGCUCGACGACGGGGCAGUCCGGUCAGGCGAUAUAUACGGCGCAUAUGCGAAGCUGUACCGACGCUUCGUCGAUGCUGGCUGUGACCGCAAUGCCCGGGAUGAUAAAGGGAAUACCCCAGUAUUUGCGUACGUGGCUACAGAGAAAUGGUACCAGGAGGAUGUUGAGACGCCGUACCCGCCUAUGCGGGAGGAGAUGACGGCCAUGUUUACGGAUCAUGAUAUCUUCGUUGCCAAUGAUGCGGGGGAUACGCUUCUGCAUGUCGUUGCUCGACGUAAUGACGAUGAUAGUUUCAUCCAGGAUGCCCCUGCGAUAUUUUCUACGCUGGCCGGUUUAGGUCUGGAUCCGUUGGCAGAGAACAAGGAUGGACAGAGUGCGUUGGAUGCUGCGCAUGCAUGGAACCAGGAGGAGAUAUUGGCCAUGUAUGCUCGAAAAGAUGAGUAG